AAUAUGCAAAUCCCCUGCACCAAAACUCUAUUUUAUCAAUAAUCAAUUAAAUAAAUUGUUUAAAAUAAUCAAUUUCUUUCAAUUUUCAAUAUAGUGCAUUUUUUUUUCUCAUAAACCCAUUGUUUUUUUUUUCAUACUUCACAGAGCAAAUUCCACAGCAACCACCACCAACACCCAUCAACAAGAUGAAGAUAAUGGUAGCCAUCAAACGAGUCGUCGAUUACGCCGUCAAAAUCAGAGUCAAACCCGACAAGACAGGGGUGGUGACCCAGAAUGUGAAAAUGUCGAUGAAUCCAUUUUGUGAGAUUGCCCUUGAAGAAGCUCUUAGAAUUAGGGAAGCUGGGUUGGCAUCUGAGGUUGUGGCUGUUAGCAUGGGACCUUCUCAGUGUGUUGACACUCUUAGGACUGGGCUUGCUAUGGGAGCUGAUAGAGGGAUUCAUGUGGAGGUUGGUGAUUCGCUUUAUCCGCUAUCUGUUGCUAAGAUUUUGAAGAAGCUUGUUGAGAUUGAGAAGCCUGGGCUUUUGAUUCUUGGUAAACAGGCCAUUGAUGACGAUUGCAAUCAAGCAGGGCAGAUGGUAGCAGGACUCCUCAACUGGCCACAAGGAACUUUUGCUUCAAAGGUUGUCCUUGAUAAAGAGAAACAAGUAGCCACCGUGGACAGAGAGGUUGAUGAUGGUAUUGAGACUAUCUCUUUGAACUUACCAGCGGUAAUAACUACUGACCUGAGACUGAACCAACCGAGGUACGCCACACUUCCAAACAUAAUGAAAGCAAAAAAGAAGCCAAUAAAGAAGUUCACUCCAGAGGAGUUGAGUGUGGAAAUCAAACCCGAUUUGGAGAUUGUCGAAGUGACAGAACCUCCAAAGAGAAAAUCAGGUGUUAUUGUUUCUUCCGUGGACGAGCUUAUUGACAAACUAAAACACGAAGCCAAUGUCAUCUGAUUAUUCCCUCAUUUGUUCAUUAUUUCAAAGGAUAAACAGCAUUGCACUAUGAUUCUGUUGUAUUCUCAAAUGAGCCAAUAAAAUGUUAUUCCUUUU